AUGUAUCUAUUGAAACUGCUUAUUCAUAUCUAUCUAUAUAGUCUCUUCAUAUCUAUCUAUCUAUCUAUCUAUCUAUCUAUCUAUCUAUCUAUCCACUUUAUUCAUAUCUAUCUGUCGUUGAGGACAUCAUCUCUUCAUAUCUAUCUAUCUAUCUAUCUAUCUAUCUAUCUAUCUAUCUAUCUGUCAAAUAGAUUCAAAAUGAGUCCGGACACUUCCAAUACUUAUCCGCAACUGAGUCAAAAGGGCGCGGGCCAUAGACUCGAUAAAUAUCUAUCUAUCUAUCUAUCUAUCUAUCUAUCUAUCUAUCUAUCUCAUAUUAGAUUAUUAAGAAUUACGUCUGUUACCUUUAUUUUUAAAUUGUUUCAGUUUUACAAUCUUUCUUUCUUUCUUUCUUUCUUUCUUUCUUUCUUUCUUUCUUGUUAUGUCUUUUCUUUCUUUCUUUCACUUUUGACAUCAACAGUUCUUUCUUUCUUUUUCUUCAACUUUGUUUUCUUUUUUCCUUCUUUUUUUCUUUCUUUCUUUCUUUCGUGUUAUGUCUUUUCUUUCUUUCUGUCUGUAUCUUUCUUCUGUUUCUUUUCUUUCUUUCUUUCUUUCACUUUUGACAUCAAAAGUUCUUUCUCUCUUUUUCUUCAACUUUGUUUCCUUUCUUUUUUCCCUUCUUUUUUUCUUUCUUUCUUUCAUUCUUUCUUUCUUUCUUUUUUGUUGGCUGGCUUCACUGCUUUCUUUCUUUCUUUCUUUCUUUCUUUCUUUCUUUCUUACCUAAUCUGUCUUCUGUCUUACCUAAUCUUUCUUUCUUUCUUUCUUUCUUUCUUUCUUUCUUUCUUUCUUUCUUUCUUACCUAAUCUCUCUUCUUUCUUACCUAAUCUCUCUUCUUUCUUUCUUUCUUUCUUUCUUUCUUUCUUACCUAAUCUGUCUUCUUUCUUACCUAAUCUUUCUUUCUUUCUUUCUUUCUUUCUUACCUAA